CCAUAAGCAACUCAAGUCUUCCCAUGCUCUGUUGAUAGCUUUUUUUGAAAGAACAAAUCCUCUUAGAUCUCUUACUUCAUCUCUUUUUUAAAAAGAAAUCAACACAAAACCAUGGGAGUUCGUUUCUUCAGUGUUACUCUUGCGAAGAAAAUUCUAACCCGGUCUACUUUGACUGCAUCUAGAGUGGUUUCAACAUCCUCGGAUGUACCCAAGGGCUUCUUCGCAGUUUAUGUUGGAGAGAACCAGAAGAGGCGAUUUGUGGUUCCUGUGUCCUACUUGAACCAGCCUUUAUUUCAAGAUUUGCUAAGAAAAGCUGAAGAAGAAUUUGGGUUUAAUCAUCCAACCAGUGGUCUGACGAUUCCAUGCAGAGUAGACGCUUUCAUUGAUGUCACUUCUCGCCUGGAUAGUUGAAUGCAAUUAAACUACCACUCCAGCCAAUUUUGUAUUCAUAGCAUUCUGAUACAUUGUAAAUCACUUUUUUCUUUUUAGCUUGUUUUGCAGAAAAAUGAGAUAAAGAUACUCUUUCAUUGAGAGACUUUUGAAUGGAAUCUAAUGCGUUUCUAUUGCA